AUGGCGCGCUGCGGGCGCUGCGUGGCGAUGGCUGCUGAAGUGUUUGACUCCGUGCGGGAUUUGCAAGACCCGGAAUUCCCCACAGAGACUUUGGAGGAGCUGCAGGUGGUGCUUCCGGAGUUGAUAGUGGUGCGGUGCACGGGUACUUGCCGCAUCCACAGCAGCAGCAGCAGCAGCAGCGGCAGCAGCAGCAGCAGUGGCGGCGGCUACACGGACCCGUGGGCAGAGGAGGACUGCGUCAACUGCUGCAGCCGCUGCAGCAGUUCCGCCGACGGCUGCUGCAGCGACAGCAACAACAGCUGGACGGCCAUCAGCAGCAGUGAGGUCAGCAGCAGCAGCGGCAGCAGCAGCGGGAGCAGCAGCAGUGACAGCAGCAGCAGCAGCACGGAGGGGGCGGUGCAGGGGUGCACGCCGGAGUGCCGCUGCUGCUGCAUUGUGGUGUCUGUACACCCCACGAGCCCCCGCUGCGCCUUUGCUGCUGUCCUGGGCCUUCUGGUAAGGGCGAGGCUGGCUCUGGACUUUGCUGCAGCAGAUGCAGCAGCUCUUGCCCUCAACGGGGGCUACGACAGCUUCGGAGCAGCAGCAGCAGCAGCAGCAGGCGAAGCAGCAGCAGCAGCAGGCGAAGCAGCGGCAGCAAGGACAGCAACAGCAGCAGCAGCAGCAAUGAACGCCUGGGGGACCCUGGACUGUGCUGUUGCUCGGGUGUCGCUGUGGGUGCGGGUCUGCGGCCACGAGAGCAGCGCAGCAAUUGCGAAGCAGCUAAAUGACAAAGAAAGAGUUUUUGCUGCUCUCACCAUUCCAGCAAUCCGGCAGACAGUGCUGCAGGGCCUGCAGCUAGAGGAGCUGUAG